CCCAACACUCAAAUAGCCAACGUUCCAGGUAGCUGUGAGGAAUGUUUUUGCUCUUCAUUGAAAGAUCCGGAUUCUGACUUUAAUAUUGCAUAUUGUUCCAAUAUUAUAUGCAGUACAUUAUGUCCACCAGUAAGUUAAAUUAUUUACAGUAUUCAUUGCUGCCAAUCUGAUCUCCUCCCCAUUCCACAUUAAAUGCAGCUUUCUUCUUUUUCAGUUAACAUUAUGUAUUGUGUUUCACCUUUAGUAUAAUUACACCGUUAUCAGACAUUCCUUAAAUAUACAAUAAUGGCAUGUUAUGCAGAUACAACAUGGUCUGUUAUGCAAAUUCAAAUAUACAAUGGUAUCCUGUGGUUCUUAAUCCCUGGGUCAGAAAUAAAAUGUGGGUCCCCAUUACAUUUUAUGGGAUCCCCAAUGGUUGGAAAAGCCAUCUUAUAUUUAUCUCAUAUAUAUAUAUCAGGUUCCAUCACUCUCACAUCCCAAAACUCUUCCUCCCAACCUUUUUCCAGUCUAAACCAGACAAAUAGGACCAGCAGAGAAAAUAAUUUGUAAUGCAACUCAGUGAUGUGAUUUCUAAAAAUCAAAACAUUGAUGUGCAUUGCAAAUUCUUAUCUGCGCUUGUUCAAUUGUUCUGUUCUGUGUUACAAUUGCUAUGCCACUAUUGGAGCCACAGUGGACUAUGAAUUAAGCUGCACAGAAGUUUAAUAUUGUGUUUAAAGUUUAGGUUUUUUGUUUUCACAUUUUUGGUACCAAUUUUUGAUGCUACCAAUUUUUAAAAUCCUUUUCAUUAAGUUUAACCCUUUUUGUUCUUUAUUUUUUAAAUAACUUUUAUUAGUAAGUUUUUUCAAAACAUAACAAUAUAGAUUUGUACAACCUACAUAUCAAUAUUUUUUUCAAAUAAGUGUUUACAGAAAAAAAAGUUUUGUGUUCAAUUUUCUUCCAGAUUUUAAUAAGGUAUCAAGAUUUACACCAGCAAUUUGCAGAUGGUACUCUGUCAAAUUCAUUAGCUAGAUUGGUUGAAUAUUUUUAGGCUAAUUGGAGAACUCAUGUUGUCUGUUUAAGACUAAUGUGAAACCUGUUCUGAGAUAUAGCAUAGCAGUUUAGACUGUUUUCAUAUACACAAAUACCCUGGUGGCAUUCACUUGCUCUCCUUCUCAUGUUGUUGUGUGCGUAUAUAUUUAUAUAUUUAGGGAGACAGAAAGGAAAAGUUACAUUUCAUGAACAGAAGUGUGCUAUAAUCCAAAUGCCUGCAGUAGCGCCAUUAUAGCAUGAGUAUAAAUAAAUUGUAGAGAUUACAAAUAAAUUGUAGAGAUUACACCAAGGAUAGUCAGUCCACUGAAGCAUUAUAUAAGAUAACAUAGGCGAUCAUUACAGAACAUAAUCCACUUCAAAAUUAGCAAUUAUCAAAAUAUCUUUAUUCAGAAGCUUCAUAAACCAUCGACAUAUCAUGAAAGGUAUACACCACAGAAACUGUGUUUUCUAGACAAUGUAUUUCCAACUUCAAUGUCUAAGACAUUAACUCACAUGCAAUUAUUGUUCCUAUAUAUUAAUAUAUUAAUAUAUUACCUUUUAUACAGUUGUGUUUAAAAGUUUGCAUACCCUUGUAGAAUAUGUAAUAUAUGUGCCAUUUUUAAAGAAAACAUGACUGAGCAGGCAAAACACAUUUCUUUUUUUUUCUUAUGGUAAUCAUAUUCAACUGUAGGUUAUAACAGAAUGGCACAAUCAUAAAACAAAACAUGGCAACAAAGAAAAAAAAUGAAAUCACCCCUGUUCAAAAUUAUACAUACCCCAAGUUCUUAAUAGUGUAUUGCCCCCUUUAGUAUCAAUGACAGUGUGCAGUCUUUUGUAAUAGUUGUCUAUGAGGCCCCUAAUUCUUGCAGGUGGUAUAGCUGUCCAUUUGUCUUGGCAAAAUGCCUCCAGGUCAUGCAAAGUCUCUGGUCGUCUUGCAUGAACUGCACGGUUGAGAUCUCCCCAGAAUGGCUUGAUGAUCUUAAGGUCAGGAGACUGUGAUGGCAACACCAGAACUGUCACCUUUUUCUGCUGUAACCACUGGAGGGUCAGUUUGGCCUUGUACUUAGGGUCAUUGUCAUGCUGGAAAGUCCCAUGCACAUAAUGCUCUAUUUUGGUCUUGUCAAUACAAACUACAGUGUGCCAGAAGUUGUGAGGCGAGUCAAGGUGUCGUCGAGCAUAUUGUAACCAGACCUUUUUUGUGGCAUUAAGUAAAGUAAAGACUUCUAUCUGGCAACUCAACCAUGCAGCUCAUUUUUGUUCAAGUAUUGUAGUAUUGUGCUCCUUGAAACAACCCCCACCAUCUUUUUUCUAGAACAGUUUGCAUUUCUCCUGAGGUUACCUGUGGGUUUUUCUUUGUAUCUCGAACAAUUCUUCUGGCAGUUGUGGCUGAAAUCUUUCUUUGUCUACCUUGACUUUAGCUUGAUAUCAAAACAUCCCCGAAUUUUCCACUGCUUAACCCCUUAAGGACACAUGACAUGCAUGUCAUGAUUCCUUUUUAUUCCAGAAGCUUGGUCCUUAAGGGGUUAAUAAGUGAUUGAACAGUACUGACUGUCAUUUUCAAGGCUUUGGAUAUAUUUUUAUUUCCUUUUCCAUCUUUAUAAAGUUUCAUUACCUUGUUUCACAGUUCUGUUGGCAGUUCUUUUCUGCUCUCCGUGGCUAAGUAUCUAGCCUGCUCAGUGCAGCCAUGUGAGAGCUAACAAACUGAAACUAAUUGCAAUUUAAAAAGCCACAGGUAUGGGAAAUUAACCUUCAGAUGUCAUUUUAACAUGUGUGUCUCACCUCUGCAACAAGGCGGAACAUUCAAGGGUAUGUGAAGUUUUGAUCAGGGCCAUUUGGGUAAUUGCUGUUAUCAUUAUGAUUUACAAAGAAACCAAACAACUAUGUCAUAAUAAAUGGCUUCACAUGAUCACUAUCCUUCAAUAAAAUAUAUAUUUUUUGUGUGUGAUCAGUCAUAUUUUCAAAAUCAAUACCAAAAUGUCACAAUUUCUGCCAGGGAAUGCAAACUUUUGAGCACAGCUGUAUAUCUAAUUUUGUUAAUUAUUAAUUUCUAUUUAGCAAUCAUUGUAAUUGCUGUUUAUUUGAGCAAACCAAUACAACCAACAUUCUUUCUGUAUUCUCUAUGCACUUCAUAUAAAUAAAUAUGAACUAAAUAAACAAUUAACAAAUAAAAAUAUCAACUACUAACUAAAACAUGGAUCAUGAGCGAUUCCAUUUAUAAAUCAAAUAUCCCAGCUUGAAAAUUGUAGAUUUGUAUUGAUCUGAAUAUGUCAAUGAAAUUAUUUCAUUUAUAGGGAUAAUAUCACAGCCCAGGAUUUUAACAUUUUGCUAAUUGAUGGGUGUUUAUAAAGUAUGAAAUUACACUUGCAACUGUGGGCUUCCAUCUUAGCUCCCCAUCAUUCUUUGUUAUAAGAUCUAUUGUUCGGGAAAUUGUACCAUAUAUAUGUAUGUAUUUCUCUUCCAACUCCAGGGCCAAGAGUAUGAAGUUUCUCCUGGUCAGUGCUGUGGAAAAUGUGUCCAGACAUCAUGUGCAAUUGCAAUGCCUACAACAGCUGAUGAAUCACUGUUGACUACACCAAGUGAAAGCUUUCACUUAAUAAUGGUACCAUACUUCAUAAUUUGCACUCUUAAUAUUGUAUUCUAAUGUUGAAACACAUUGUCCACAUGGCCAUGUGACAUAUACACAUUGCUAAAUGCAAAUGCCACUAACUCUUAUGUUUAUCUUUAGGGACUGCCUCUUAUGUACAGUCCUACUCCUAAAAUAAACGGACCAUCAGCAAAGUAGUUUUAAAUAUAACUUCAACUACAGAUCUUUUUCAAGCUUAUAUUUUUCAUAAGUACCUGUCUAGAGCUACCUACAAUUAUUAUUAUUUUUUUUUUUUUUUAAAUGUUUUACCAGGAAAGAUACAUUGAGAUUUCUCUCGUUUUCAAGUAUGUCCUGGGUCCACAAAACAUUGCAUUGAUACAAUAUGGUACAAUAAAAAAAUAAAAAAAUAUAAAUACAUAAUAUAUACAAAAUUAAACAUAGAACUGGUAGGAAAUAUAUAAUUAACCAUGACAGGUGCAUUCUGUUUUGAGAUAUGUAGAGAUCGAUCUCUUAAAGGAUUUUAGACCUGGGGAAGAUAUGAAAGUGUGUGAGAGGUAGUUCCAUAAUUGCGGUGCUCUGUAGGAAAAGGAGGAUCAAGCUGCUUUCUUUUUGUAUUGAGGUGGUAGACUAAAUAAAGUGCUGGUACUGGAUCAGAGGCUAUAGUAGGUGGGGACAGCCGGGGAGAGCAUUCUGCUCAGGUAGGGUGGGAGCUUCCCAGAAAUGCUCUUAAACAGAAGGCUGGAAAGAUGAAGGGUGCGUCUGGAUUCCAGCGACAGCCAGUUUAGUUCUUUUAGCAUUUCAGAAUGGUGAGUCAUGUUAUUACAUUGUAACACAAAGCAGCAGAACGAGUUAUACAAUGUAUUAAGUUUAUUAAGGUGGGUUUGCAGUGCAGGUGCAUAUACUACAGCCCCAUAAUCAAUGAUUUGUAUCAGCAUUUGCUGUACAAUAUUUUCCUUUACUGCAAGGCUCAGUCUGGAUUUGUUUCUCUACAGGGCACCUAGUUUGGGAUAAAGUUUAGAUGCAAGUUUUUCUAUGUGGAGGCCAAAAGAUAGAUUGAGGUAUAACAACAUACCUAAGUAUUUGAAAGAGUAGACUGUGGUCAGUGUGCUAUUUAAUUUUGUUUUGAUGGUUAGGUGGGAAUUGUGUAAUUUGUGUAAUUUAGGUACAGUUCCAAAGAUCAUUGUGACAGUUUUGUAAAUGUUUAGGAAGAGUUUGCUUUUUGUGAUCGACUUUUCUACCUCUGUGAACUGGUCUUGGACAACAGCCUCAAGAUGUGGUAGAUUGGAUUUACUUGCAUAGAUUACGGUGUUGUCUGCGUACAUGUGUACAUUUGAGGAUUUGCAGACAUUAGGCAGAUCAUUUAUAAAUAAUGUGAAUAGUAGGGGGCCAAUAAAGGAACCUUGGGGAAAUGUUCAGGCCAAAUAUGUUCUUUGGGAAACUCUUUUCUACUUAUAUGAAUUUAAAGUAUUUCCUAAUAAAACCAUUAUCAUCAAUGGAAUAGAUUUGACCAAGGUACACAACAUUGUCACCAGGUAACUUUCUGGCACCAUUAUAUUGUAAAGUAUAACCUGAUACAUUAUUAUUAUGAAUACAUUUUACAUUAGCAAUGUAGUGAAAGAUAUACAAUAGAUACGUCAUUUAGAUAUGUAUCUAUUUAUUUGGGGUAAAUGCAAUGAUUUUGAUUUCACUUUCAGAAUAUUUCAGUGUCAGGCAAAAACAAAUACAGUGCAAUUUAUAGAUUCCCAUUCAAAGUAUAGAAUUUACACAAUUAUUAAACAAUGGAAAUGUAUUGCAUGAAGUUUGACCUAAUGAUAUGAGAUACAUUUCUAAAGUAAAUUCAUCUGCAUUUUGCAGACAUAAAUACAAAAUGUUUGCCACCUGGCAUCACAUACAGCCAAGGGGGGACAUAGAUGAAAAAACAAUAAAUUACAGGAACAAUUCAAGAACCUGAAGCCUAGGUCAAUGUGUCCCACUAUUGAGUGUUAUUAAAAUCAUUUGUUUGUGCCUAUAUAUUAAUUUUUUGUUAUGCUUACUUUAGUGUAUAAAAGAAACACUUUAAGCACCAUAACUGCUACACGGAGUUGUAGUGCUUAAGGUGUUUGAAUUCCCAUGGCACUCCCCCACUGUAAGCAGUGACCCAUUUUUUAAUGUUUGCCUUCUUUCCUGGUGUCUUCUUUGGAGCUCUCUGCUCUGAGCUAAGCCGGUGGUGUAGGGCUUAGCUCAUUAGCUGAUGCUCUCAGGGGUUUGUAAGAGAGCUAACAUAAACUCCUGUCUAGGUGUUUCACACUCUCUGGCAGAAGUAGUGCAGGUGAAAAUAGCACCUGUCUCAAUGCAGGUUAGAAGUUGAAGUGGUAUAUGCAGCAGUUGAGAUGUUUAGAAAUAUAUGUUUAUACAAUUCUCUGAGUUAAUUAACAAAUUUGUUACCAUAUUGUGAUGAUUACUUGGGAAUCUUUUGAUUAUGGUAGUUCCCCUGUAUGUUGAAUACAAUCAAACCCUCAACAAAUACAUAAAGUGUAAAUACUUUUUACAUGUUAUAUUACCUAUUAGUCGGAAAUGAGAAAUCAGUGCUGAAGGGUAGAUAAACUGAGUAUUUUAUUGAAUAGGGAGAUGAAUUACUAAUGAAGUUUCUUAUUAUAAACGUGUAUGAAUUUGUUCUAUCAUUUACCUUUUUCAGCUAUGAUUUAAUUGUCUUUUUGCAUUUGAUUAGGUUGGAGAAACCUGGUACCCAACUGGUGAUGCCUGUACAUCAUACAAGUGUGAGGUGGCAGAUGGUCAGUUUUCCACUGUUGUAACUAAAGAGACCUGUGUAUAUGUUAGAGAAGAGGACUGUGAACCC